UGCUUAUUCGCUGUCUAUCUUUGGCCACUGUCUGGGUAUCUUAUCAAGACAAGUUGAUGUUUUCCAAAAACUAUGUCCUUAUCAGCCAGUAAGCCCAUGGCCACGUUUGUGAGAUCAAUUGCCCUCAGAAAUGAAUCACUUCCAUAUGCCGAAUGUUAUCGAUUUACCCACCAUUCAGGCCCCAUUAUCUAUUCUUCCUUUGGGCCAUGAUUACGAUAUCUGGUAGCGGCGUAUCUUUUCGAUAUCGCAUAAGUCAGCCUGUUGGGCAAUUUAAAAACGGUAGCCCAUCUGGGAGUCCAGUCCAAUCGAACGACAGUAAACGACGCGAGUACGCGAUAAAAUCAAACCAAAUCACGACUCCUCUUGGAUACCAAUAUUGGACUAUUAUUAUUCUACUGAUUAAAAAGGAGUUUAAAGAGUUUUAAAAUGGGUUGCCUAUCGGGAAUAGUCAACUUUAUUUUGUACAUUGUUAACAUUGUGUUUUUGAUCGUUGGCAUCCUUCUGAUCGUGCUGGGCUCGAUUAUGUUAUCCGAUCUAAGUCACUUCGAUGCUUCCGAGGGAACGAACACCAAUACCAUUCCCAUCUGCAUCACCGUUCUGGGUGGUUUGAUCUUCGUGGUGUCCUUCUUCGGAUGCUAUGGCAUUUUCAGGCAGAGUGCCUGCAUGACAGGAGCGUACACCAGCAUGGUCUUUAUCCUCUUCAUCCUACAACUGGUGCUCACCUGUUGGGUCUUCGUGAACCGAUCCGCAUUCCUGGGGGACAUGUCUAAUCUGGUUAACCUGCUCUGGAACUCACAGGACUACAAUGCAAUGGGCGUACUGGAGGAAACCUUCGGGUGCUGUGGCGAUACCAGCUACAUGAACUACAAUAACAGUGGACUUCAGGUGCCCGGAACCUGCUGUGGGUACUUGGAUCGCCAGACCGCAUGUCCCACCCAAUCGGUCUACGAAUCAAGGCCCGGCUGUAAUGCCAAGUUCGAGGAGUUCUGGAACGACAACAUGGACAUCAUUCGCUGGUCCGGUCUGGGCCUCUGCAUUUUCGACCUCAUCGUCUUCUUGAUCGCCGGCGCCCUGACCAACUGUAUGCGCAACCAGAGUGCCGGCCGACAGGGGUAUGCCUAG